CUUUGCCGCCGACAAUCACCAUCUCUCCGAACUGCUCGUUUACAUGCGGCGAACACGCAGGAGCUGCGGAAGUGACUGAUCCAGCAAGGCGGAACGGAGCCUACGGCCUUGAAGCAGCCUCGCUCACUCCACGCGCCGACACUUGCACUCUCCUCCUCUCUCUUCCAUUCACUUCAUCUCAUCUCUCUGAACGACAAUGGCGACGCAAGCUGCGCAGGCGGGCCCCUCUCAGCGCGCAAGGAUGCCGAACGGACACUCCGGACGCAGUCCUUCUCUGCCGACGAGGUCUGGAGGGGCUGUGUUGCAAGAAGACGACUCGGACUACGAGGAAGACGACGGAAGCGAACAUGAGAGCGAGGAGGAGAUUGCCUACGCGACCGUGAAGGGAAAGGGAAAGGGAACAGCAGUUCCGCCGCUGCCCCGGCCGCAGAUCCCGAGUCCUCGCAGCACCCCGUACUCGCGUGAGCGGUCGGGAACGUCAUGGGCCGACUUGGACCUUUCGAUUAUCGUCGCUUGCGUGUCUCCCAUUGGGAACUGGCUCACCGGAGGGGAUCACAUCAAGAACCUGUUCCUCAUCAUACUCCUCAUAUUCUAUCUCCACCAGCUCAUCGAAGUUCCUUGGAAGCUCUAUCAAGCCUCGCGACCUCGCAAGUCGGGCAUGCGCGCCGGAGAGCCCGACCGUGUCACCAAGCUUGCUGCGACAGAGUUACGGCGGCAGGAGCUGUUUCUACUCUGUGUCACCGGCGUAUCCCCCCUACUUGGUGCCACUUUCUUGAAGCAUGUCCUGUCGGCCAUCGGGGAGACAGAGUCGCUCUCUUGGUUCAGCACGACGCUCUUCGUGCUCGCGACUGGCAUCCGACCAUGGACGCACCUUAUCUCCCGCAUACAAGGACAUACCGAAGCGCUACACGAUGCCAUCCACUACCCGCCCGAGAAGCACGAAACGGAGGACGUCACCGUCAACGCUAUGCUCCUCAAACGACUCGACAUCCUCGACCGCGAAGUACAGGAACUCAAUGCACGCACGACGCUCGCCGGCCGGCUCCAGGAAGUGUGCGACGACCUCAGCGAGGCUCUCGGUGAGGUCGAGCGCGACGCAAAGCGCAGCGAGCGCAAGACCGAGAUGGCGCGGAUGGCGCUGGCUGCCCGCGUGCUAGCGCUGGAGAAGGGCCUGCUACAGGUUGAGCAGAAUAGGCGGAUGGACAUCGACGCCUUCCGGCGUGGCUAUGUUGCCCCGGCCUACGAGCGAGCGUACCGACGUGUUUGGAGUUAUGUUCGCACCUUCGUUGUUGGAGUCUUGCGCCUGCCAAAGACGGUAUGGUCGCUGGGCGCGCCAGACACACCGCUCGAGAAGUUGGUUGGCGGAAGCUCGUCAUCGCCACUGCCCUCUUCCCAGAGUACAUCCCGAAGCUCGAAUGGGACUGCACAUCACAGGCUAUCCUCGAGCGGCGCGCCUGACCCCAGCCUGCCGACCAUCCCCGAGUCUGCACUCUCCGAUGGGGAAGCCGAGCUGAACGGCGAAGGCGACGCGGACUCCGAGGGGACGUACGUUACCGAUAACGAGAAGGAUCACCACUCGACGGUGAAUGACGCGCACCACAAGGCCCGCCGCGUCCGGAGCAAGAGCGGCAGCCGCAGUCGCAGUCGAAGCCAUAGCGGGGGCAGCUCGGCGGCGCGCAAGCGAGCGGCUCAAGCGGCGCCGGUGUCGUUCCACCAGUGGGUACUCGAGUGCGCGCACACGAUCCUGCUAUGGCCAUACCGCGCGAGCGUGAGGAUCAUGGUCGUGCUGGUGCCACCACUGCGUAACGUUCUCCCCAAGGCCGUCGUUUAAACGAUGCUGGGCCAAAGGAAGAGGGGAGUGCGAUGGUGAGAUAUUGGCUGUAUCAUAUGUAUCAUUGCCGGUCCUGUGGCGCGUAAGUUAUGGAGUGGCAGUAUGCCACCGAUGUGUGUUUGUGUCCUUACUUGUCCAUGUUGUAUCGCCCUUAUCGCUCCCUGCUGUCUGACUAGUAUGCAUACCAACCCGAGCUGUAGCCUCUAAUAUUCUAUCGCCCAGCCGAUCCUCCAUUCUUUUCCGUAAUGUGUAUCGCGGCUGUCGUAUGCUCCUCACCUAACUCCCUAGAUAUCUCGCUCUGGGACUCAACUAAUGGAUAAUAUCUCCUGCCUCCCAUUCCGAACCUGGGCACGCAUUCGUGAGUCAGGAGCUUGCUGAACCAACUGGACAGGCUAUGAGUGUG